AUGAUCGAAUAUGACAAUAAAGAGACUCGACGCAUCUUGCGAAAGAUCGAUUAUCGUCUCGUUCCAUUGCUGGGAAUCCUCUACCUGCUUGCCUACCUCGAUCGAAGCAAUAUUGGAAAUGCCCGUAUCGCCGGAAUGUACGAGGACCUCGAGCUUUACGGUCUACGAUACAACACGGCAUUGACAGUCUUCUUCGUCCCAUACGCGUUAUUUGAAGUACCAAGCAAUAUUGUGUUGAAGAUGUUGCGUCCGUCGAUCUGGAUCUCCAUCCUAUGCUUCAGCUGGGGCUUAGUUAUGACACUCAUGGGGCUCGUACACACUUAUGAAGGCCUGGUCAUUGCUCGUAUCUUCCUCGGCGUGACAGAAGCCGGCUUUUUCCCCGCGGCAACAUAUUUGCUCACUAUCUGGUAUAAAAGAUACGAAGUCCAAAGUCGUAUGGCAAUAUUCUACGCCGCCGCUUCCCUCUCGGGGGCAUUCUCCGGCCUUCUGGCCUUUGCCAUUGAAAAAAUGGAAGGGGUUGGAGGGCUCGCAGGGUGGAAGUGGAUCUUCAUCCUAGAAGGUCUCGCGCCAGUCGCAAUCUCGUUCACCCUUUAUUUCCUCCUCCCAGAUAGCCCUCAAACCGCAAAAUUUCUCACCAAGGAAGAGCGAGAGUUUGUCGUCAACCGCAUUGCAUAUGAACAUGGCCGCGGCCGUGUCACCAACGAUGACAAGAUCAAAAUGCAUCACAUCAAGUCGGCUUUCGCAGAUUGGAGAAUCUGGAUGUCCAUCUUCCCAUUCUGGGCAUGCAGUAUUGGCACUUAUGGGUUUACUGCGACAGUGCCUGCUGUGGUGCGAGAUCUUGGCUACACAUCUGCCAAUGCUCAAUUGAUGACAAUCCCCAUUUAUGUGGUGGCAAUGAUCGCGACGGUCAUUGUUGCUUUCUGGGCGGAUCAUGUCCAGCAGAGAACCCCAUUUAUCAUGGGUGGUUUCGCUAUUGGUGUUGUUGGCUUCAUUGCAGAGCUUGCAAUCCCACAUCCGAAGUAUCCCGGUGUUACCUACUUCUUUCUCUUCUUGGUCUCAACAGGACUCUACUGCCCAUUCACCUGCAUCGUCGCGCUCACCGCGAACAACCUAGCUCCAUCCUCCAAGCGUGCAGUGGGCAUGGCACUCCUGAUCAGUGUUGGCAACAUGGGAGGAAUCUGUGGUAGCAAUAUCUACCUUGCGCGACAGGCUCCCAAGUAUCCAGUCGGAUUCGGUGUCGGUCUAACAACUUGUGUCCUUGGAAUAAUUGCAGCCUUCAUUCUACGCUGGGAGUACAAGCGACAGAACAACUUGCGAGAUGAGACCAUCGCGAGGGAAGGAGCUGACGCUGUCAGGGCAAGAUAUACUGAGCAGGAAUUGCUGGACUUGGGAGACCGGAGUCCAUUCUUCCGUUAUACUCUCUGA